ACCUAAUGUCAGUUCAACUUCAAGUUCAUAUUUUAAAAAUAACGGCAGAAAUACUGGGCUGCUGAGAUUACUAAACAGAAAAGUGUGCAUAGGAAAAUAAAACAGAUUUUAUCAUGACUAUACGUUGACGAUUAUUUGAUGACAAAACAUGGAACCGUCGAAGGAAGCUAUUGCAGUACGCAUUACUCGAAUAAAUCGACAGAUUACAGGAAAGUUUACGAGUGGUUCAAAUAAAUUAAACAAAAAGAUAGAUCGCGAGACUCUUUUGGACGCUAUUACAGUUUUAUACGAUGAAUGCAAUGACGAUCCAAUCAAGAAAAAUGACGAAUUUGUUCGAGCUUUUGUGGAUAAGUAUCGUAGUUCCUUGGCUGACUUGCGUCGUGCUCGAGUUUGCUAUUCAGAUUUUGAAUUAUUACAAGUUAUUGGGAGAGGUCAUUUUGGUGAAGUACAUAUGGUACGGGAAAAAGAAACCAGCGAUGUUUACGCAUUAAAAAUUUUGCGUAAAGAGGAAGCUCGCAAACGGGUGGCAAAUGGUGCGGAGGAUGAACGAGAUGUAUUAGCUAAUGCUAAUGGACCAUGGAUACUAAAGUUACAAUAUGCUUUUCAAGACAGCAGCAAUUUGUAUUUAGUAAUGGAGCUGUGCAAUGGUGGUGAUUUAGCUGGACUAAUUGCAAGGCGUAACCAUCCACUAACGGAACGUGACGCUGCGUUUUAUAUAGCGGAGGUUGCACACGCACUUAAAACACUACACGGCAUGGGUUAUGUGCAUCGUGAUAUAAAACCACAGAACAUUUUACUUGAUCGAUGCGGUCACGUGAAGAUCGGCGACUUCGGUUCUUGCGCGCGUCUGUCUGACGGCGCGGCGACGGGCGCGGCUGCGGGUACUCCGGACUACGUGGCACCGGAGCUGCUGGCGGCGGCGGACUGCGCACACACCGUCUGUCUCGACCACUGCCGCCCGCACGCACAUACUGCUAUUUCAGCGUGUGACUACUGGUCACUGGGUGUGGUGGCCUUCGAGCUGGUCACACUGAAGAGACCCUUCUCAUCCGGCGAUGAUGACUCACUACCGGAGAUCUUGGCUAACAUACAAAGGUACGGCAGUAAGAAGGACGCGGAGCCUCCAUUUGAGGAGCUCCCUCAGGGCCCAUCGGCCGCGUGGAGGUCGCUAGUUGGGGGUUUGCUGCGCGUCGCUCCCGCAAGACGGUUCAGCUACCUAGAUACACUGCAGCAGCCCGCUCUGGCGCAUCUCAGACUACAUUCUAUACGAGAUCAGGCACCGCCAUGGGUACCACACCUGCGUGGGCCAGAGGACGCGUCCUACUUCAACCCGCCCCCGCGCGUCCCGCCGCCACCCUCCGCCGUACCCUUCCGCUCACGACCGCCCUUCGCCGGACAGCUGCCCUUUGUUGGAUAUUCGUUCGUGGCGUGCAACAAUCAUGACGACAGUUCUGGAGGUUUCAAUGCGUCUCACGAUUGCACGGCCAUCGAUCUCGCUACUUUCAAAUCGGCGGAGAAGCUGGCGGUGAUGCGAGGUCGUGAGAUAGCGUCGCUGCAAGGACGGCUGGCGGAGGCUGAGGCUGCAGCGGCUGCGGCGGGAGAGCGCGCGAGACGUGAUGCAGAUGCAGAGGCAGAGCGCACGCGCGCCAAGCUGCAGGCUGAGAUCACCGCCCUCAGUCUGCAGAACAAGCGUUUGGAACGUCAAGUGGAAGUGGAGAAAGAAGAACGCAUGGCGCUGCAGCGUACGAACCAAGAAUUAUCCUCUGGCAUCAUAGAGAGGAGUAACUCAGAGCUCCGAGCUGCACAGACAUAUGUGAUGGAACUUCAAGCAGAAAGAGAUUCAAUAAAAGAAGAAUUAAACAGACUGCAGAUGAAGUAUUCAGAACUUCAAGCUGAGAAUACAAGAAAUAACAGCGCCGUUGAAGCUGCACGCGCACAAGAAAGACAUUAUAAGGAUAUUAUUCAUCAGGCACAAGAACUAAGACAUAGGAGGCUCACUGAAAUCAAUGUGCGCGCGAUUGAUACGAUAGCGAAGGAGCGCGCACUGCGGCGGCAGACACUGAGCGGGGGAGAGGCGGAGGGCGCGCGGCUGGCGGCGGCUGAAGCAGGAGCGGCCAAGGAGGCUCGGCUUAGAGCCCGUGCUGAAGCCAAGCUGGCCGCAGCCGACGCCGAGGCCGACUCCCUCAGAGCCGAGCUGGAUGUAGUCAGGGCACAGCUAGCUACCGCUCAGGAGACAUUAAGUGCAAGACGACGUAACUCCACCGCGGCGACACAUCAACUGAAUGAAUUACAACAGCAGCUGGAGGAACAACGCACGCAGAACAAGGCGCUUCUCAUACAAGUACAGGAGUUGGAGCGCAGCGUGCAGGAGGCGGCACGUCGCGAGGCGUCACUGGAGGAGCAGAGCGCGCGCACUGAGGCGCGGCUGAGGGAGAAGCUGGAGGAGGCGGAGACGAGAGCCACUGCCGCCUUGCAGGACGAGUCGCGCAGGAGGGAGAAGGUGAACGGUCUAGAACAACUAGUGCGACAACUAGAACGCGAGGUGAGCGCGCUCGAGAAGCGUUCGUGCGCGGCGUGCGCGGACCGCGAGCGCGAGCACGAGCACGAGCGCGAGCACGCGGACAUGGAGAGCGAGCGCGCUCGUGACUGCCGCAGCGACACCGAGAGCGUGGCCGAUGCGCACGCGCACUCGCACGCACAGCUCACCGUACUGCGCGAACAGCUCGAGCGCGCUGAGGCUCAGUUGCAGGCCCGCGCAGACGAAAUUGCAACAUUGCGUCAAGAGACAAGAGCUGCUAAUCUAGCUAAGUGGAGAAAGGAGCGUGAAUACAACGAACUGUCAGUGGAAUCGAAGUCAGCCGCUCGAGAGCUAAAACGUUUGGAGGAACGUCUGACACUAGCACAGGAAGCGCGCAAGACGAGCGAACAGAAGUCAUCUACAUUGCAGACUGAGUUGAGCACAUUACGGCCACAGCAUCAGCGCGCCAUCGCCGACCUCGACAACUUGAGGCAGCAGUUAACAAAACUGAAGCAGGAACAUGAAGUCGUACAGACCGAAGUCGACAGAUCUCGCAACGACAUCAGGAAGUUGAAGAGCGAGCUACAGUACAGUGAAAAGCGGAGGAUGCACGCUGAAGAGCAAGAGGAGUUGUCAAGCCGCGAGCGUGCGCAGUUAAGAGACGAGCUCACGGCACUGCGCACGCACAACAACGACCUUAUGACCAAUAACAAAGCUUUACAAGAGGCGUGUACGUUGUUGGAGGAUCAAUUGACAGAAUUGGAGAAAUUAACAGAUUUACAUGAGGUGAAAAAUAAAGAUCUUGAGAGCGAGACGCAGCGCAUGCGCAGCGAGCUGGAGGCGUGCCGGGCGCGGCUGGAGGGGGCCGAGCGUGCUGCGGCAGAGCGCGCCACCGCCGCCGGGCUGGCCGCACAGCGCGGGGACGAGGCGCGCGACCAGGCCAGGCACGCCAAUACACAACUGCAGCUGCUACGAGAGCGACUGGAGAGUCGCGAGGCGCGUGUGGCUGAGCUGGAGUCUCGGCUGGCGGCGCUGGAGGGCGAGCGCAGUGCGGCGGCGGCGGCGCUCAGCAGUGCGGCGCGGCGCGUGCGCGACCUGCAGGAGGAGAGCGCCGCGCUGCGCACACGCGCGCACCACCAUCAUGCGCACGCGCUGCAGCUGCAGGCCAGCCUCGCUGAUGCACAGGAGGAGGCGGCGGCGGCGCGCGAGGCGAGCGAGGCGGCUAGCGCGUGGUGGCGCACAAGAGAGACCAAGGCGGACGCAACUAUACGCCAGCAGGCCAAGCUCAUCGACUUCCUGCAGUCCAAAGUGGAGGAAGCGAAUCGCAAGAAAUGUUCGCUGAGCAACAAAUUGUUCGGUCGUUCUGGACGUCGGGCAGCCGCCUCGCCACCUCUCAUGCGGGUUAACAGGGAACUACGUGAAGAAGUUGAACGUCUUCGAGCAAAACUAGCUGCUAACGAUAUUCCACCAACACCCAAACGAGAAAAAGCAAUCGAAAAGCCUAAGAAACUAGUCAAUGGUAUAGGAAAUAUGGAUUUAUUAGAAGAUGUAUCGGAACCAUCGCUACUUAUUGUAUGGUCUGACGGUAGUCGGGAGCGCAUGAACGCGCGAUGUGAGGAGGCUGCGCUGGUGCUGACCCGCGGAGAUCGUGAGCUGCGCGCGCGCAUGUUGUCCCCGGAGGCCACCAACUUGCCACACAACGAAGCCAACCGCGCUUUCCUCAUCAAAGUGGAGGGUGUUGGUGGGGUCGGGGUGGGUGGUGAAGGCGGGGGCGAGGCUGUGGCGGUGUGCAGCAGUGCGGGCGAGCGCGCCGAGUGGGUGUCGCGGCUGCGCGCGCCGCCCGCUGGCUACCGUGCGCUGGCACUUUGCGACAUGCGCGCCCCACCACACACUGCGCUAUAUGUCGCACCGCACGCCAUCGCUAUUGGUGGUCCCGAAGGAUUACACUCUCUGCGAGGCGAAGUCCGCAUAGAGUGGGAGGGCUGCGUGUCGCCGGCGCGCGCGUGCGGCGCUGUGCGGUGCGCGGCGGCGUGCGGCGGCCGCGCGCUCAUCGUGUGCGGCGCGCUGCUCGCACAUGGCGGCCUACUCGCCCUCGGCUCGGCGCUGCGUCGCGCACCCUCGCUGCGACCCACCUUCAGCCUCACCAGGGUGCGCCUGCCCGAUGUCAUCACGCCACAUAUACUUAAGGUAAAUGCGGAGGAGUCGAGCGAAGGCUUGUGUGCUGUAGUGGCGUGCGGGCGGCGCGUGUUCGUGCUGCGCUUCGACGCCGCCAACACGGAGUUCAAGAUUGCGCGCUCGCUCACCAUCGACCGGCCGCCCUCCGCGCUGCUACUGACCGCCCGACACCUGUUCCUCGCGGGCGAGAAGCCGCUCAAGGUGAACCUGCCCGCAGGAGCGCUCGAGACCUUUGCCAUGGAGGAUGCCACCGUGGCCGCGGCCGCCCGCGCGCACUCCGCUCCCCGCGCUCUCGUGCUCGUGCGCGCCAAGCCCCUCGAGCUGCUCAUCUGUUACGCGGAGUGCGGCGUGUUCGUGGACGAGCUGGGCCGGCGCACGCGGCACGAGGACCCCAAGUGGAGCGCCGCCGUGCACAGCUGGGAGUUCGUGGCGCCCUUCCUGUACGCCGUCGGAUCCGACCGCGUCACCGUCAUUCACCUCAGCGAGGAGGCGUAUCGCGCGCCACCAUGCACCUGCGACUCCUCCUCGCUCGCCUCCUCCGCCUCCGAGUGCUACCUGCCCGAGGUGUACAACUACAAGGUGAGGGAGCCCGUGUUGCUGGGCACCGCACCCAAUGGCAUAAUAAUUAGGUCGACUAUUGACGACGGAUAUUCCGUCUCCAUAAUCGACGGCCUCGGCGCGUUCCGGAGUAUCGGUGCGUCGCUCGAGUCUCUUGAGACUAUAUCGGAUAAUAAGAGCUCCUCCUCGGACUUGACCGUGUCGUGCACCGACCUCUCGCAGCACGAAAUGUCGAACGAGAGCGUCGAGGUGAACACGGGCUUUUUGGCCGACAUAAGAAAGAGGGCUAAGCAGCUUCGCAACGCCAAGCGCAAGGAGACGGACAAGACAUCGGACGACGUCAUCAAGGAGAUUCUCACCACGGAAGUCGGACUGAAGCGUGUGUCUGGAGGCAGGAAGUCUCCCGCCGCUACUUCAGAGUUCGACUCCGACACGGAGACUGACAACGAGCCCAGCUCCGCCAAGGGCACCGCCGAUCUCUGCGCUGAAAUGUUCGCUAGACAAGUGAGGUUUAAAUAGACUCCAGAGUUAUACCUAAACUUAUCUCUAAUGUCUCAAUCCUGAUCUAUAUAGGAAUCCCUUUUCUUUUACCAUGUUGGUUCUCUACCGUUAUAUGAUAGGCCUGUAGCCAAAAACUGGCCUUAAAACGUGAUACCCUUGCACGCUUGGCUCAGGAACUCUCAGGAAUCGCCCCCACUUCUACGAUGCCACCGCACAAUAAUAAAAUUUCAGUAUGUUUGUUGUUUUUAAAAUUGGAUAGUUAUACUAUAGCAUAAUAAUUAUUUUAUUACCAAAUAUCUUAAGGACUUUUUUUAAGAAGAACUUAGUGUGAAAAUAUUUUAAGUUUUAUA